AUGGAACCUCGACUUACAGAAUAUCAAUAUGUUUACCAGCAAUUAACAAAUCAUACAUUAGUUGCUAAAAAUUUUUAUUCGUAUUUCGGUUAUACUUCCUUAUCAGACGGCAUAGAUGCACUUCGAAAAUUGUUAGAAUCAUUACGUGACGAUACUAAAUUUGGUGACAAUGUUAAGAGAUAUUUGAAGCGAAAUGAUUUUUUUACGAACGAUAGGGUAGAACUUUAUUUUGCGAGAAAAGUGAGAAAGGGUAAAGAAAAGAUAGCUACAGAGACAACGUUAAACAUGGCGAACCAAAGACUCGACCUAGCCACUGAAGUCGUUCACAAAAAU